AUGAAUCAAGGUUCUGAGGAUGGGUCUCGCUUCAACAUCUUGAUUGAUGGGGGUGCGGUUACUGCGCAGGAUAUUUCUCAACAUGAUGAACUUCCUCCAAAGGCUCCCAUGCAAUCUGGGCCUCCAACAAGCCCAAUCCUUCCAAAAAAGGGCUUUAAACUUAAACAAAAAAUUAUUGAAAAGGCUCCUUUGGCCUUUGAUUCUUCUGCAGCGGUAUUGCCACAAAGCAAGCCUUCCACUUCAAAGGACCCGUACAAGGAGGACAUGGAGCAAGCCAUUAUGGAAAACAUGAGGGGUAUGGUGAAGCAACAGUGGGAAGAUUUCAAUGCUACGAGAAAUAAAAAUACUAGCCACGGGAGCAAUGAAGAUACAAGCUCUUCGGGGAUUCAUCGCUGUGCUCAUCAUUCGGACCCAGAAAAUAGACGGAAAUCAGUGAUUGUGGGAUCGGCACCGGAAAAACCACCUGAUGCAACUCCAUCGUGUGUGACUGGAACAACUGGCACUCAGAAGAACUCCGUGAAUCGGGGCAUUAGGAUGAUAGGAAGCUAAGAGAAUGGCUCCUGGAUGAGGUUGUCCAACGAGUCUUAGCAAUGGCUCCACCAUCACCUUGGAAGAAUGAGGAUCAGAUUGCUUGGGCUUUAUCCUCGGAUGGGGCGUUCAACCUGAAGUCUGCUUACCAAUUCCUUCACACCAAUCAGAACCACUCGGACCAAAUCUUCAAGCUUGCGUGGAACUGGAAGGGUCCAAAAAGAGUUCGCACCUUUCUUUAGCUUUGUGCAAAUGAUGCCAUUUUGACAAAUGCUCAAAGGUUCAGGAGGCAUAUGACUUUGAACCCCAACUGUCCUCGAUGUCAGUCGGAGGAAUCCAUUGUCCAUGUUCUUCGCGACUGUCCUUUUGCAAAUAAGUUUGGAAGCUUCUAAUUCCCGCGAGAGAGGUUGGAGAUUUUUUUACCAGAAGUAUGAGAGAAUGGCUCACCUCAAACCUCAAUAGGAAAACGGAGUGGACUUACUACUUUGGAGUGGGUGCCUCCUCUCUCUGGUGGUUGCGAAAUAAAUUGGUCUUUGAAGGCAAGGCCACCGACCCAAGGGUUGCUGCAAGCCACAUUAGAGCACGUACAAGGAAUAUUAUUAAAGUCAUGAAGAAGACUAACCUUCCAAAGAGGAAUCAUAAUAGUUUGGAAAAUCUCAUUCGCUGGCACCAACCACAGGAGCACUAUGUCAAGAUUAAUGUUGAUGGGUCCUACUUCUCCUAAUGUGAUAAUGCCUCCUGCGGGGGGAUCUUCAGAGACCACAUGGGAAGGUUUAUGAAAGCCUUUUCCUGUAAUUUGGGUAAUUGUACCAUUAUGCAUGCUGAACUUUGGAAAAUUAUUAAAGGUCUCCAAAUAGCAGUUGCUAAUGAUUUACAGAAUAUUAUUGUGGAGUCUGACUCUCUAAUGGCUCU